AGGAGAUGUGAACGUGUGACUGAAGGAAGUGAUGAAACAGGAAGUAGAACCCUCCUCAACAGGAUCUACACUGAGCUCUACAUCACAGAGGGACAGAGUGAAGAGGUUCAUACCCAACAUGAGGUGAGGCAGCUGGAGACAGCUUCCAAGAUGGACGCCCUCCAUGACGCUCCAAUCAGGUGCCAGGACAUCUUUAAAGCCUUCCCUGACCAACAGAGACCCAUCAGAGUGGUUCUGACCAACGGCGUGGCUGGUGUUGGAAAAACCUUCUCAGUGCAGAAGUUCACUCUGGACUGGGCAGAGGGCUUGGAGAACCAACAUGUCAGUGUGGUGGUUCUGCUUUCAUUCAGGGAGCUGAACCUGAUCACAGAUGAGCAGUACAGUCUUCUGGAGCUGCUCCAUGUUUUCCAUCCAACAUUACAGAAGGUCACAGCAGAGAAGCUGGCUGUCUCUCAGCUUUUGUUCAUCUUUGACGGCCUGGAUGAAAGCAGACUUUCAUUGGAUUUCACCAACAGGAAGCUGCUGUCUGAUGUCACACAGAAGUCAUCAGUCAGCCAGCUGCUGACAAACCUCAUCCAGGGGAAUCUGCUUCCCUCGGCUCUCGUCUGGAUAACUUCCCGACCUGCAGCAGCCAAUCAGAUCCCUCCUACAUGUGUUGACAGGCUAACAGAAGUACGAGGCUUCACUGACGCCCAGAAGGAGGAGUACUUCAGGAGGAGAUUCAGUGAUGAAGAGCUGUCCAGCAGAAUCAUCUCCCACAUGAAGACAUCCAGGAGCCUCCACAUCAUGUGUAGUAUCCCAGUCUUCUGCUGGAUCACUGCUACAGUUCUGGAGCACAUGUUGACUACAGAGCAGAGAGGAGAGCUGCCCAAGACCCUGACUGACAUGUACUCACACUUCCUGCUGGUUCAGACAAAGAGGAAGAAGAACAAGUACCAUGAGGGACAUGAGACGAGUCCACAGGAGCUGACGGAGGCUGACAGGGAAGUUCUUCUGAAGCUGGGGAGGCUGGCGUUUGAACAUCUGGAGAAAGGAAACCUCAUGUUCUACCAAGAAGACCUGGAGCAGUGUGGUCUGGAUGUGACAGAGGCCUCGGUGUACUCAGGAGUUUGUACAGAGAUCUUCAAAAGAGAGUGUGUGAUCUUCCAGAAACCAGUCUACUGCUUUGUUCAUCUGAGCAUUCAGGAGUUUCUGGCUGCUGUCUACAUGUUCCAAUGUCACACCAACAGGAAGACAGAGGUGGUACAAGGUUUUCUAGGGAAUUUCCAAGAGGAAUACAAAAACAGAUCUUUUUAUAGGAACAUGUUCAGGUCUAAUAGCUUCCCAUCACUGGAUGUCUUUUUGACUAAAGUCAUGGAGAAAUCCCUCCAGAGUAAAAAUGGCCACCUGGACCUGUUUGUUCGCUUCCUUCAUGGCCUCUGUCUGGAGUCCAACCAGAGACUCUUAGUAGGUCUGCUGGGUCAGACAGAGAUCAGUCCAGGAACCAUCCAGAGAGUCAUCAACAACCUGAAGAAGAUGAACAGUGAUGAAAUCUCUCCUGACAGAAGCAUCAACAUCUUCCACUGUCUGAUGGAGAUGAACCACCUCUCAGUACAUCAGGAGAUCCAAGAGUUCCUGAAGUCAAAGAACAGAUCAAAGAAGGAACUCUCUGAGAUCCAGUGCUCAGCUCUGUCCUUCAUGCUGCAGAUGUCAGAGGAGGUUCUGGAUGAGUUGGACCUGCAGAAGUACAAAACAUCAGAGUGGGGACGACAGAGACUGAUUCCAGCUGUGAGGAACUGCAGAAAGGCUGGACUGACUCAGUGUCAACUCUCAGAGUCUCACUGUGAAGUUGUGGCCUCAGCUCUGAAGUCCAACCCCUCCCAUCUGACAGAGCUGGACAUGAGUUUCAACAACCUCCAGGAUUCAGCAGUGAAGCUUGUGUGUGCUGGACUGGAGAGUCCAAACUGUCGACUGGAGACUCUGAGAUUGAGGGACUGUGGUUUGUCAGAGAUCAGCUGUGAUUAUCUGGCAGCAGCACUGAAGUCCAACCCCUCCCAUCUGAGACAGCUGGACCUGAGUAACAACAACAACCUGCAGGAUCCAGAUGUGAAGCAGCUGUCUGAUCUUCAGCAGAGUCCAGACUACAGACUGGAGACUCUGGUGUUGAGGUAAUGAUGGUAAACAGGACGGUGUGUGUGCUGAGAGAGGAGGAGCUGUGUCCUGAUGAUCCAGAGAGGUUGAAGCAGCAGCAGCUUGUGUGUAGAGA